AUGACCUGCACGGGCAUCGACGACUUUAAGCCAGUGCUUUCCGCGAUGGGCUUCUCAACGACCACCGACCUGCCCUACAAGGCCAUUGCCAAGCUUGUCCUCCCGGCCGGGAAGAUGACAGAUCCAGCCGCGGCUCUGCCGCUGGCCGAAUGGGUCAUCACACCCGCGGCGUUUCAGCGCAUUGCGCCCAAGCUCGCCGUCUUCAUCUCCAAGGAGCCCGACGACAUCUCCCAGAUCGAUUCCUAUUCGAAGUGGCUCGUGCUAGUCGAGCGCUUCCACGCCGAGGCGGACGAGGCGACCCUCGGGGAGUGCGAGCUCCACCCGGAAGACUUCUUCCGCGCGGAGGGGCUAAACGACACGGAGCCUGCCCAGGCCCCCAAUCCGAAGAUAUACACCGCCGAGGAACUGCCUCUGGUGGCCUGGCCAGACACGACCUUCAAGACCACGGUGGCGCUGCACGGCGUCAACACCACCGCCGUCCUCUGGGGCGACGUGUGCGACGCGACGACCCGCGCCCCCACCGGAGCGGUCCUGCUGUACGACAUCGCCGGACUAGCACAGCGGGCGGCAGAGGCUCGCGCUGGCGACGCGGGCUCCGGGCCGAGUGUCACGGCUGAUGACCCCAGCGCCGUCUGGAGCUCCUUCUGUGCACGCGAAGCCAAAGUCACGAGUGCGAACUUGCAGCUCCGGCACUUUCUUGGCGACCUGGACGGCCUGAGUGUGGGGCAGGUCGAGACGCUGCAGGAGAUGGUCCGGUCGCUGGGCCUGCGGCUGGAGGAGUGCCGAGUGCACCUGGCGCGAGCGCAGGAGCGGGAGGCCGUGACCGCGCACAUAGCGCUGCAGCUCGAGCGAGGAUCCGGUCUCGUGGGCGCUACUUUGACAGCGGCUGGCGGAGGUACGAGCGGUUGCGGCGCGGAGUGUGGAAGCCUCAGCGCGGCGACCACAGAACGUGAGCACGAGCAGGACUCCAGGAGCCGGCCAGACGGCACCACCAGAGCAUUUGGUGAGUCCAGCUUAGCGUGA